AUGGAGGAAACAAGGGUGUCGCUUGUUUUCAUUGUCUUUGUAGGGUUUCUUGUGGGUUCUGAAGGAGUGACCAGUAGUAGUGAGAAGGAAAAGAAAAAGGAGGUCUAUGAUGCCAAAAAUUUUGGGGGAUACGGUGGAUAUGGAGGGAAAGGAGGUUAUGGAGGGAAAGGAGGUUAUGGCGGAUACGGUGGAUAUGGAGGGAAAGGAGGUUAUGGCGGAUACGGUGGAGACGGGGGAUACGGAGGGAAAGGAGGUUAUGGUGGAUACGGUGGAGACGGGGGAUACGGAGGGAAAGGAGGUUAUGGCGGAUACGGUGGAUAUGGAGGGAAAGGAGGUUACGGCGGAUAUGAUGGAGACGGGGGAUACGGAGGGAAAGGAGGUUAUGGCGGAUACGACGGAGAUGGUGGAUAUAGAGGGCCUAAAGGAGGUUAUGGAGGAGACGAUGGAUACGGUGGAUAUGGAGGGCCUAAAGGAGGUUAUUGGGGGUAUGGAGGAUAUGGGGGUAAGAGAGGGUAUGGAGCAUAUGGGGGUAAGGGAGGGUUUGGAGGGUAUGGGGGAUAUGAUCAAGGAAGAGGAGAUCGUUUUAAAGAUGAUCGAGAUGGAAAGGGAGACCGUUCUGAAGAUGAUCACGGUGGGAAAAGAGACAGCCCUAAGUAUGAUUAUGGUAGGAAAGGAGGCGACCCAAAAUAUGAUGAUGGUGGGAAAGGAUAUAUGCCUAAAGGCGAUGGUGGAGCUGGCGGUAAUGGCUAUCCAUAG